ACGUAUUCUCAGUGUGAGCAGAGCUGCAGACGUGUCUGUGGAACCGACAAACAAACCUUGAAGCCACUUCAUCAGAUCUGUUUAAAGUCUCAGCACAGUCUCUGACAAACAGCGAUUCAGAUACAGACGUUUAUUCAUCGGUGGUGCUCGUGCCCAGUCCAUCCACGGAGCUCAUACUGUCGUGUACAGUGUACACAUCCACAAAUCCACAGUGCAUGUUAACCUGGGUCUGAAGAAAAGAAAAACUUUACCCAAAUAAAGAGGAACACUUUUAAAUGCAAGUAAAAAUAUAUUCUAUUAAACAGAUCGAAUUUCAUCAAUACAAACAUUCAAUAACUGAUGCAUUGUGAUAUCAUUCCAAACUUUUCGUUCACUUGCAGCUUCUGUACCGGUGCACUCAGACUGUCGAUGUGUGUGUCGACGUAUCGAUACGUAUCAGAUAAUCUUCCCAUCCCUUUUGUCUACAGUUACACUUCCAUGAACUUCCAGAACAUUUCAAAGUCCAAGUAUCGGACUGACAUCAUGGAUCAUUAACACUGCUGCAGAGUCAUUUAGGAGUCUGUUAUGACUCUCCUUAUUGUAAAUGAUCACAUUACAAUUAACACUGAUAAUAUAAUUACACAUCUGUCAGUGAUGUGUAUGUUCUUUUGGUCCACAGAUAUGGCUGCUGCUGGUCGUGUCCAGUCUGAAGAUGAGUUCCUGUGUUCCAUGUGUGUGGGUGUCUUCACUGAUCCAGUCACAAUACCAUGUGGACACAACUUCUGCAAAUCCUGCAUCUCUGAACACUGGGAUAAUAAUAAAAACUACCAGUGUCCCAUGUGUAAAAAAGCUUUUCACCCAAGACCUGAGUUGUACGUCAACACGUUCAUCUCAAAGAUGGUGGCUCAGUUCAGACGUGAAGCUCAACAUGAACCAAACAUCUGCAGCUCAGUCCAACAAGCUGCCAAACCAGGAGAAGUUCCCUGUGACGUCUGCACUGGAACCAAACUGAAGACCCUGAAGUCCUGCCUGGUGUGUCUGACCUCCUACUGUCAGACUCAUCUGGAACCUCAUCUGACACUUUCAGGACUGAAAAGACAUCAGCUGAUCCACCCUGUGGAGAACCUGGAAGACAGAAUGUGUAGGAAACAUGAGAAACCUCUGGAGCUGUUCUGUAAAAGCGACCACACAUGUAUCUGUCUGCUCUGUCCUGUUGUCGACCACAAGAACCAUGACUUUGUUCAUCUGAAAGAUGAAUAUGAAGAACAGAAGGCAGAGCUGAAGAAGACAGAGGCUGAAACUCAGCAGAUGAUCCAGGAGAGACGACUGAAGAUCCAGGAGAUCCAACGGUCAGUGGAGCUCAGUAAGAACGCUGCAGACACAAAGACAGCAGAAGGUGUGGAGGUCUUCACUGCUCUGAUGGAGUCUGUUCAGAGAAGUCUGGACCAGUUCAAAGAGAAGAUCCAAGAAAAGCAGAGGAGCACCGAGAAACAGGCUGAAGACUUCAUCAAAGAGCUGGAACAGGAAAUCUGUGAGCUGAAGAAGAGAAGCACUGAGGUGGAGCAGCUCUCAGGCUGUGAAGACCACCACCACUUUGUCCAGAGGUUCACAUGUGUCAAAGCUGCUCCACCCAUGAAGACCUGGACAAAGAUCAGCGUCCGUCCACCAUCAUAUGAGGGGACUGUGGAGAGAGCUGUGUCUGAGCUGAAGAACAAACUGACAAAAGAGAAGAAGAAGGUGGUGGUUGGAGCUGAGCUGAAGAGAGUCCAACAGUAUGAGGUGGAUCUGACCCUGGAUCCAGAUACAGCUUAUCCUGAUCUCAUCCUGUCUGAUGAUGAGAAACAGGUUCAUCAUGGUGAUGUAAAGAAGAACCUUCCAGACAAUCCACAGAGAUUCUCUGGUUGUCCUUGCAUCUUAGCGAAGCAGAGUUUCUCUUCACGCAGGUUUUACUUUGAGGUUCAGGUCAAAGGAAAGACUGACUGGGAUUUAGGAGUGGUCAGAGAGUCCAUCAACAGGAAAGGACAGAUCAGACUGAACCCUCAGAACGGAUACUGGAACAUCUGGUUAAGAAAUGGAAAUGAGUACAAAGCUUGUGCUGGUCCUGCUGUCCAUCUGUCUGUGCAGUCUGGUCUUCAGAAGGUGGGGGUGUUUGUGGAUUAUGAGGAGGGUCUGGUCUCCUUUUAUGACGUAGAUUCUUCAGUUCUCAUCUACUCCUUCAUUGGCUGCUGCUUCAAUGAUAAACUCCUCCCAUACUUCAGUCCAAGUCCUAAUUAUGGAGGUACAAACUCUGCUCCUCUGAUCAUCACUCCUGUCGACACUGAGUAGAAACUCAUCAGAUGUACAGAUUUUCUCUGAUUAACUGGAGUCACUGAACUUAGUGAUGAUGUAAACAGUUUGAAUGUGUAUUAAUCUGUAUCCAAAUGCACUGAAAUACUAACAUCUGUGGUGAUAAUGAUCCUGGUUUGACAGAUUCUGAUUCACUGUGAUUUAAUCCAAUGAUAAUGAUGGUGUUUUAAUGUUCACUUUAAUCAAAAAUGUCGGGAUUGUAAAUGUGUUUCCAUUAUGUGAUUAAUUUCUAUACAUUUAAAUGAUAGAAGUGUUCAGGAGAAUUCAAUAUUCAAUAAUAACAAUUACCAUAAAGAUUAUGUUCAUCAGCUGUAAUAAAUACAGUCAUAUUCAUAUUAAAUGAGAAAAAUCAUUAAAUGUUAAAUGUUUUCCAUUUCUUUAUAGCAGACAAAUACGUGUAAUUAUUAUAAACACUUUAUUUAUUUUCACAUCAGCUCAGACGGAGGUUAUACAAUAAGAGCAAAUAUAUUGAAAGGAUUCAUCAAUUAUUCAAAUAUUUUCUGAUUAAAUUUACUGAAGUUGAAAUCCAAUCAGUCCAUUUGAUCAAUCACAAACCUACUUAUUUUUAUGAUUCUGCUCAAAUAUCUGAACUAUGUAUUUACAUGUAAACUAUGAGGAAAUAGACUGAAAUAUUCACAUUAUUUCCUCUUUGUCUCUGAAAUGUAAAACUAUAUAGAACUAAAUAUAUACAUAUUAAACUGUAAACAGA